UCUUCUAUUCUCCUAGUCUUUCCCUCUCCCUCUCUAAUUAGGAGAGAGUGAGAAAAUCAAUUUUAUUUUAUUUUAUUUUUAUUUUUCGGAGAGAGAAAUUCCUCAAUUAAAAUUUCUCUGAAUUUUCGGGUUUCAUAUAUUCAGCAUUACAAUUUUCCUGAUCAUGAUGAGGACAACUCGAAUUUCAAAUUUGUUUCAGAUUUUUCGAAUGAUUCGGUGAAAAAUACUUCUGUCAGGAGAAAAAAAGAAAUCUUGGGAUCAGGAAUUUACCGCGAGCUUGCAAGGGUACAUGUUCCCCUUUAUUUGAUGGUAUGCUCUAUCUGGAGUGGGAAAAUGACAGCCUUGGCGAGGCUUGUGGAUGCUGGAAGUGUCUCACGAGCUGCAACAGAGGAAGUGAGCUACCAGAAAUUAGCUGCACAUUCCAUAGGGAGAGAAUUGCGAGAUGCAGAUGAAGCAAAUUUGAUCGAUGAAGAAGAUAUGCAUAUUUUUGGUUUGAGACCGAUGACAGAUCGUUUAGAUUUGAGUCGUCAAUGAAAUUGUAUCUGAAGAUAUUGAUGUAUUCGUACUCAAAAUAAUUAGAGAAGAAGAAAAGGAAGUGGCCUGAUGUGAAGUAGAAAUGCAGAAAAUCAUUUACUCAUGAUGAAGUUAUCUAUUAGAUCUCCAUCUCUAACAAUCCCAGAAUGUUUUUUAUUUGCAUUGGAGGUUUGCUGCAAUGCUUGCAAGAAGCCAAUCAAGGCCAGUCAAUACGCUACACAUGCAGAACUCUGCAAGUCUCUAAUUUCUAGAGGGGAAAUCAAUCUGGUUUUUGAUGGCCCUGCAGUGACUAAGAAACCUCCAAGGAAGGAGAGGAAAAAGUCACAGAUAACUCAGAGCAAAAAGGCCAAAUCACUCAGAGAAUCCAAAAAAUUCGAAUCUGUCGACUCUGGUGAUAUAGCUGCACCAGGAUCUCAUAUAGAUGAGAAUAUUCAAAUGAGUGUCUUCCCUGAAGCUCGACGAGAAACACAUUUGCAUUCAACUGACAAAAUGAAUGGCUCAACAGUGAAUCCUUACAAUGUGGACUGCUUAAAAGAUGUGACUAAACGCUCAUCAAAACCACUAAAAAGGACAUCUGCUGAGAAUCCAUCAAAUCAAGGUACAGAGAAUUUCUGUAAGUCAGCAGCUGAGGUUCUUCCAUAUGUUCCAGCUCCCCUUGCGACCAAAAUAUACUACUCCCAAAGAAAUCACAAUCUCCGAAGAGCUAUUACUCGCAUGUUCUUUGAGGAACCAGACAAAGAGUUCUGCAAUGAGGUUCCAUCUUUAGAAGAUUAUCAAGUAAAUGCGGCUCUUGGACAGACUUCAUCUCCUGGAACUUUUUGCCAUGAACAAGUUGCACGUCAGCAGAGAGACGACAAACUUUUGCUCUUUGCUCGAACUCCUGUUCACGUUCUUUCAUCAAGGUCAAACUUCUACAUGGGCGAGUCAGGAGCAUUUGAACCAUCCAUGACCUCAGCUGAUCAGCUCCCUGUGAAUAAUACUCUAGGACCUCAUUACAUAUCGAAUUCUUAUUCAUUUGCUGACAAACCAGGUAACUCUCUAGGUACUCUUCAGCAGGGCAGUGGAAGUGUUCCGGUUGUAUAGGACUCCCUCAUGGAGAAUUUUGCUCGGUACAGAUGUCACUCUUUUUGCACUAACCGAUGACUUAGGCUAAACUUGAAAAGAAAAAAAAUUAAAAAUGCACAGCGCUAGCUUAACGUUUAACUGUGAUCACAUUGCACCCACCUGCCACCACUAAUUUAUGUACAGGUUGCUCUCCUGAUAUUGACAAUACUCUCCCAAAUCUUGUGUUAAUACAAAGACAACAGUAUGGGAUCAUUAGUUAUUUUCAAAGUAGUUGAACCAAUCAUCUGUUUGCUUU